AUGGACAAUCUGUUGAAGCUAAAACGGGAGUGUCACCGCAGAAAGACCAUCCUCCUCCAGGGUAUUGGAUGCAGAGAGCCCAAUGUCCGUGGCCUCAACGCUGCCGCUAUGCAAAUGUCGGAUUGGAUGUAUCAGCUCCUCCAGAUUCGGGUAGAGUUCGAUACGUUGCUGCUGGCUCAUUUCAAAUGGCUGGAGGAUGGACUCAAUCUGGGAGACGCGGACUUUCUCAAGCGGGAUAACGUCCUUUCGGACACUGAAUCCAGCUCCUCGGAUGACACCGUUGAAGAUUUAUUCGGGGUCUUGGAGGCGGAGGAGAGACUCGACAAAGCAAACGCCGAAUACUCUCCUGAACUCGCAAAACUGGCUGAUCUUGUACAAGACAGCUGGGCAACUGCGGCUGUCGAGUACCUGGACCUCGUUCUCGGGAACCUCUUUGCGCAUGUCGAACUUGGCAAGCAAGAGUUCGGCGAGGAGCCACACUGGAGGGAAUACAUAUCGCACGUCAUCAAAAAGGGCGACUUCCAUCUGAUUGAAGUUACUUCAUUGCAGGAAGACCAUGAGAUGAUACCCAUUCGAAAACUUUUAGAGGAAGAAUUUGGGUACGUUACUGAAGAGGACCCCCAGCACCCCAAUCCCUUGACGGAGAUACUAUGGUGGGUCAAUUCGGAAAAUAUAAAAAUAAACCACACAGCUGGCGAGCAAAACUUCGACUCUACUUAUUUCAGUGGCGGAUACCACUGCGAAAGCACGAUGCUCUGUUUGCAGCUCCUCGCCAGGGAGAGGGAGAAUCUGAACCCAAAUUCGAUGGACAGCGGCAUAGCCCUCCCGGACAAGGAAGUCACGGAUCUUUUCCAAGAGGAUAUCCUCAUCAUGCCUUCAAGUAGGCUCUGCUGCCCUUCCUGCUCUCAUCUUUUCGAAUUCUUUUACUAUCAAAACCGCCGCCGCCAACGACCCAUCUGGGGAAGCGAUGCCCACAAAGACUGGGUCCCUUGUUCCCUGCCUCCGUGGGUCCCGAGAAAAGCAGGGGAAUGGAUGCUGGCUCAAGCCAGUAACUCUCUGAAACAUCGUCUGGAGGGUAUCGUUGAGGCUAUGGAGGCCUCCAAGGUUGAUGCUGCUGCUGCCACAGCUGGCUGGGAAUCCUACACGGCCACCGAAUCUGGCAUGAAUGAUUGA